GAAUAUCUAAAACAUUAAAUAUAGACAUUAACCUGAAUAGAGAGAUGGAUUUCUAAAACAUUAAAUAUAGACAUUAACCUGAAUAAAUAGAUGAAUAUCUAAAACAAUGAAUAUCUAAAACAUUAAAUAUAGACAUUAAUUUACCUGAAUAGAUAGAUGAAUAUCAAAAACAUUAAAUAUAGACAGUAACCUGAAUAAAUAGAGGUCUUCCUAUUGAUACACAUCCAAUAUACAUACAUGUAUAUUUAUCUCAUGUGUAACUUGGUUUGCAGUUCAUCGAAUUAUUGCAAAACUAUUGAUAAUCUGAUUAUCUCUUAGAAACACAUCUGUUUACUGUUCGUUACCUUCACCUUUCAUCUGACUGCCCGUUUUAUUUUGACCGGCUUUAUUAGUUUUAUACAUGUAAACCAACCCCAGGGCGUUCUUUGAGAGUUCUUCUCUCCUUUAAUAUUGGUUUCAUUGGUGCAUUGAGCAAUUUUCGAUUUCAAGAGAGCUGCCCCAUUGAACCUCGUUGGAAGAAAAAUAUUAUGAUUUAAAUGGCAGAAAAGUUCAGUGUGUUUUAUUCUCGAGUAGACGUAAAUUUCUAUCUUUUUCGAAGCAUUAAUCAUUCUUGCUCCAGCGACUUAAUCCAGUGCUCGUGUUUUUUUUUUUAAAGAAAAAUAAUGUUCAGGAAUAUGAUUAUUGGUAAUUUGUAAGAAACAUUUGAAAUUCUUAUUGGUGGCAUCUGGACAUGUCUGCAUUAUCUCCUAUGCAUCUGAUGAGGACCAUGCGGUACAAACAGCUUAGCAUCAGUCGUCGGAUGCCUCUUCUACGUCCCCUAUAUAAGCCGUCCGACAUUCUGCGAUUUGUUGUAGUUUUUGCAGUGAUAAUAUUUCUGUUUAACCACCUUCUCGUGCCUCCUCCUCCUCCUCGUACCCCAUUUUCGCCUCAUCCUUUGGAAGAACCAUAUUAUUGUCAGGGGGAUUUUGGAUAUUCCAACCUAUCUUUACAGGAAAUUCAGUCAAGAAGAGCCAAUUUCUCAGAAAUCAACCAAUUUGUGUAUAUUUCUAAGGCGAAUAGAGCUUGUACAUCGCGUUCACAUGUGUUCUUACUCAUUCUUGUGAAAUCAGCAGCCGGUCAUUUCCGGAAAAGGCGCUACAUAAGGAACACCUGGGGUAACGAUGCUCGAAAAAGGGGACACGUAGUGGUUUUUCUGCUUGGAUAUAACCAGGAAGAUAGUGUGUUUGUGAACUAUGAAAAUGAGAUGUAUAGUGAUACCAUUCAACAAAAUUUCCAAGAUUCCUACCAAAAUAAUACACUCAAGAUUAAGAUGGCGUUUGAUUGGAUAGUGAAUUUCUGCAAAAGUGCCCAAUAUAUACUCUUAGUGGAUGACGAUAUGUAUGUGAACAUUCGAAACGCCAUACAUUUCAUUUCAGGGCUAAACAAAAAUAAUAACAGUUAUCUUUAUAGUGGAUAUUUCAUUCGAGAACCCUUUCCAGACCGUGAUCCCGAAAGUAAACAUUAUAUUUCUGAACAGCAAUAUCCAUUUCACUGUUACCCACCAUACAUUGCUGGUGCCAGUAUAUUUUUAAAUCAACAUACCAUCCAGAGGUUUUUUACUGUUAUGCCUUAUAUCCCAUAUAUCCCAUUCGAUGAUGUCUUUAUUGGAUUUAUUGCUCAAAAACUGCGAAUAAACCCAUCGAAUAACAAAUUAAUAAGACUGGGAAAAAAUUCAUUUCAGCCACAUAGGGCGAGUGAAAUAAGGUGCGUGAUAUCACAGCACGGGUAUGAAAUUGAUUUUAUGUUCCGUAUUGCGUACAACACAACAAAUUCUCAAAUCGAUACAGUAUUCAAUAAGUAGAUGAUAUUUACUUGUAGAUUUUACAGUUAGCAGUGCAACCAUCCUAUCAUUGAUUAAUUAUCACAUUUUUACAAUAAAUCCGUUCAUCCCUUACCAUGCAAACUCAAGUCAAUUUCUCAAUACACUGGACCUAAUAAUGACUUUAAUGGGUUUUUUU